ACUAAACUUCACAGUACGGUGGAUUCAAAAAAAUGGUGAUAAAAGUGAUCCUUUUGUUUAUUGCUCUAUUCUGCGCUGCCCAGUGCAACCCCAUAGUGCCAACAAUCUGCGAACACAUACCAAAUGUCAUCAAUCCAGGAUCGACCACCGUCUGUGAAUCAACUCCAAACCUCAUCGGAUAUGGUUCCAUGGGCUUGGGACCCUUGGGUAUGAACAUGAUGCCAGGCGGAACGACAACUGUUUGCGAAUCUACGCCGAACUUUCCAUAUGGUAUUGCCCCUUAUGCCCCAUAUCCGGCAAUGGCAGGUGGAGCAACAACUGUGUGUGAGACUGCACCGAACUUUCCAUACGGUCUUACCCCGUAUACCGCUUUCAAUCCUAUCCCAGGCGGAGCCACGACUGUGUGCGAGACUAGUCCAAAUUUCUCCUAUGGUCCUUACCCAUAUCCACCAUUCAAUGCUAUGCCAGGUGGAGCAACAACUGUGUGUGAGACUGCCCCAAACUUUUCCUAUGGUCCCUAUACACCUUUUAAUCCGGUAGCAGGCGGAGCGUCUACCAUCUGUGAGACCGCACCGAAUUUCUCACACGGUCUCGCCCCGUAUGGCCCAUACCCAACGAUGGCAGGCAGCACAACAGUGUGCGAGUCCACUCCAAAUAUUGGCCUACCUAUGCCAUUUAGUCCAUACGCCAACUAUUACAAUUUGCCAUUGCCAGCAGCCGGUAUGGCUACAGUCUGUGAAUCGAAUCCCAAUAUUUAUGGACCCCCGUAUGGCAUGCUAGGAGGACUGCCCUUUGGGAAAGCACUACCAAUGCUCGGAGGCAUGGCAUUCGCCUUGUGAUCUAACAAUUUAUAUAAUGUAAUUAACACGGUGUUUGAUCCUUCGGUCUCAUUUGAUUAACAUAUUGCAGCAAUUUAAAAAAAAAUCAAGCGUUCAUAGUUCUUUAAUUGGAAUUUAAAAAAAAAACGAUUCAAAUAAAACAACCGAUUUGUUUGUCUUUGAGGUUACAUCUGUUCUAAAUUUAAAUACGAUUUGUUUGAAGUCCGAAAAAUGCCGUUUUUUUUUUUCGUAUCUGGCGAUCAUGCCGAUGGAUUUAAAUUUAAAUGAAAUAUAUCAAUAAACUAAUGAACGUUUGAAUACAAAAAAAA